AUGGCGUCGGCAGGGGAGCGCAGGCAGCCGGAAGGCGAUUCUCCGUCUCUGCCUGCGUUUAUCCUUACACCGCCUGAUCCUUUUGAGAGCGUAUCACCCAAGAUCGACACUGCGCUGCCGACAUUCUCGUCGCAUGGGCCGACUUCGCCGACGUCGCGCAGCUCCUCGCCCCAGUCACGCCGCCCAGGGCACCGCCGGGGCCGCGGCGUCGUGCCGAGUAUGGAAGAAAUUCAGAAGGCGGAGCAUCCGAUGCCGUCCAUGCCUCAGUGCGCAAACCUGAGCGAGGCCGAGCCGGCGAUACAGAAAAUCGUGCGCAUGCAGCGCAUCCAGGCGCAAAAACAUGCGUGGCUGAAGUGGUCGGGCGUCGACGCGGCCAUCGCGGCCGGCGAAAAGAUGUCGACGCCGCAUGGGCGCAACGCGGCGGAGGACGACGAGAACCGUCUCGUCACCAAGCUCGCCGCUCACAAUGUACACACGAACGAGAACGCGAAGGAGAGCACGCCGGGCACGCCGUCGCUCUCACAGUCGCCCACGCCCUCGACACCGACCGCCUCGCCGGUGUCGCCGGGGGGUCCACACGACGCGCAGGAGCCCACGAACGACGUGCCGCUCGUACAGCCACAAGCGUCGCACGGCGUGCCUCGCGAGCUGCUCAACGACGAGUGGGACUCGCCCCCUUCCUCCGACGAGAGCGAGGGGGAGUGGGCGUCCGACUCGAGCGACGACGCGUCGGACACCGAGCAGAUACCCUCGCGGCUCAACCUCGCGCACGCCGACGUAAUGACCAACAAACAGAUGCGGCGCCAGCUGCGGACGCUCCGCAAACUGCGUCCCGAGCGCCAGGACCAGAGCGAUCUGAGCCUGCAAGCGGACCAGCUGCGGCACCAAGUCGCACACGGCCUGCAGUAUGCGAGCAAAAAGCAGCGGAAACAGCGCGCAAUGGACCGCUACACGCCGGCCGUAUCGGCGGGCGAGACGAGCGAUACCGACCUGCUUCUCCCCGGCGCAAACAUCACCGAGAGCCGCCGCGGGAGCGCGACGUCGCGCCAAAGCUCGCCCGGCAUCCCCGAGGGCAUCUCGAGCUCGUCCACCGGUCCGCUCGACCCCGAGCGGCCGCAAGUCUGGAAGCGGCGACAGCGCAAAGCGUGGAACAAUGCACCGUCGGCGAUGGACCAGGUAGACACCUCGGAACCGUGCCCCGAGCUGUGUGUGCCGCACAAAACGGCGACGCCGACACCCGUGGCGCAGAACCUCUUUGGGCACAAGUCCGAGGUGCCGCCGAAAGGCUACACGACCGAGCUCGUGUACGACAUGCUCCACGAGAACCAGCGCGGGAUUGUGCUCUUUGGCGUCGCGAAGCGCUUUAGCUCGCAGGUCCUCUUUGUGGGCGACCCCUCGCCGUGGACGGAUGCGACGGGCGCCAACACGGCGCUGGACACGUCGACGAUGCAGCUGCCCGAUCCCAGCUGGGAGUGGGUCCAGCCGACGUGGCUCGUUGACAUGACGUGCGACACCGACGAGGAAGGGUGGCAGUACUCGGGCAGCUUUACCGGCCUGCAAGUGUGGCGGCGCCCGAUCCACUUUAGCUACAGCCGUGGGUGGAACCAGUGGAUGCAGAAGCUCUAUCUCUUUGCCAAGAAGCAGUCCGAGCACAAAGACGAGAAGCGGCGGCACGAGGAGGCGACGCGUGCCGACGAAGGCCUCGUCGCCGUGAUGCGUUCCGCGCGCUCACGCACGCUGCGGUGGCACGGCGUGCCGAGCAUGUUUACGUUUGUGCGCCGCCGGCGGUGGGUGCGCCUGCGCCGCCGCCUCGUCCCGAUUGCCUCUGACGAGGUCAACGAAAAGAAAGAGCGCGAGCCCGCGACGCUCGACCUCGUCCCCCUCUCCGACUCCGACUCGGACGAGGAUGCGCCCGAGGCGCAGCAGAUCCGCGAGCUGCGGAGUAUGCACCAGGUGUUUUGGGCAAAGCACCGCCUGCACAUGCUAAUGCCCCUCUUCAUGAUCCCCCCCAACUGUUCGGCGGAACUGCUGCGUACGCGCGACGAAACUCCGGUGUACGAGUCUGCUGCGUGGAGCCGCCAGUUUGGCAUGCUCCUUGCGCAAGAGACGCGAGUGCAGAACCCCUUUAUCGCGCUGCAGUGGGUGCAGCGCUGGCUGCAGCGCGACGACCUUGCCUUUGUCACCAGUUCGCUGCGCGCCGCCGAGCGGCGGUACCAGAAAAAGUGCCGCGCAGUCCCGUCCAGCGUGUCGAAUAUCCCCCCCCAUGACGCGGACACCGCGUUUGAUACCACCCUCCCCCCACAGAUCGUCCCCGCCGAGGCGCUCGCUGCGAGCGGCUCGCGCCCCUCGCUGAUCCGCGAGGCGGUGAUCGAGUGGAACACCUCGGCGGCGAUCGACACGAUGAAACUGUGCCCCGUCGACCGCCUCAAGAUCGAUUUGUGGUACGUCUGGCUCGGCGUCUCCUCGACCAAGGACCUUGCCCAAGGCGGCGAGCGCGAGGUCGGCGGCCCGAUUGCCGCCGUGCAACACGAGCGCAGCCGACACAACCAGCGCCGGUUCGGCCGCGCGUCCAUCACCCCCGUCUUUUCCUCGAUGAACGAGCGUAUUCUGCGUUCGCGCAUCUACGACUAUACACAGAGCACGCCGAUGCUACUGGACGUUUGGGACGUGCUCAUUGCGCACCUGCACGAGGUGGUCGCGAUGUUUGAGCACGAGCGUUCGCGGCGCACGUUCUUGCACCUUCUCCACCGGCUGCAGUCGACCGACUUCCGGGCCUCGACGCACACCUGCGAGAAUGCGAGCGACGCGCGCUGGCGGACGCUGCGCCCCGGCAUCGUGCGCCUCCCCCCCCUGCCUGCGCUCUGA